CGUUCUUGUAAACAAUCAUACAUAUAAAUGACUUUAUUUAUGUAACAAGUCUAAUUUCAAUAUCACAGUUUAAACAUAUAUUAUAAAUUUAUAGAUAUGCCUAUCAUUUUUGAUUCUGCUUAUUUUGAAAACAUCACUAUCAAUAACAAUGAUGUGGAAAAUAAAGUUAAGGAGAUAAAAGAUGUUCCAAAUAGCGAAAUUACAGUUUGUUCAUUGAUUGAAGUAAUUAAGCAUAUAGAUUUAACAACAUUAAAUGCUAAUGACACCCAGAAAGUAGUAGAGAAUCUUUGUAAAAAGGCUAUUGAACCAAUCAACAAUGAUUUACAUGCAAAACUCUUAUCUAAGGGAUGUUCAGUUGAUAACUCUUCAUUACAUACAGCUGCUAUUUGUGUAUAUCCAUCUCGAGUUACUGAUGUUGUAAAUUAUUUAAAAUCUGCCAACAAAUAUGAUAGUAUAAAAACAGCUUCUGUUGCAGCUGGUUUUCCAUCUGGACAAUAUCCAUUGAAAAGUAGAUUAUUAGAAAUUGAAUGCUGUUUAGAAUAUGGUGCUAAUGAAAUAGAUAUUGUAAUUGAUCGUAGUUUAGUAAUCACUGAGCAAUGGGAACAGUUAUUCAAUGAAGUGAAAGCUAUGAAAAACGUUUGUCAAGGAAAAGCUUGCAUGAAAACUAUUUUAGCUGUUGGAGAAUUGAGAAAUUAUAAUGAUGUUUAUAAAGCAUCUAUGAUAGCAAUGAUGGCUGGAUCUGAUUUUAUAAAAACAUCUACUGGUAAAGAAAACAUUAAUGCGACUCUCUAUUUUGGGUAUGUAAUGUGCAGGGCAAUCAAAGACUUUUAUAAGAAAACAGGCAUAAAGGUUGGACUUAAACCAGCUGGUGGCAUUCGAACUGUACAUGAUGCUUUAUCUUGGUUUCAACUUGUAAAAUCAGAAUUGGGGGAAUCAUGGUUGACACCCAAGCUAUUUAGAAUUGGUGCCUCAGGGUUAUUACAAGACUUACAAGACAAAUUAUCAACAAUGGAAAAAUAA